AUGGAGCGGCAUAACCAAAUUCUCCAAGAUAUUGCAGACAAAAUACGCGACUUCUACAAGCUCCGCCAGCCAUAUCGCGUUUUUUCAAGCAGUACCCGUCCUCGCCAUGCCACUGACACGAAUAUUAUCGACAUCAGCAUGCUAUCCCAAGUUAUCUCCGUGGACUCCGCGCAAAGAAACUGUCUUGUGGAGCCCAAUGUACCGAUGGACCGACUCGUCGAAGCCACGAUGCCAUUCGGCAUAAUACCUCCAGUCGUUAUGGAAUUCCCCGGGAUCACAGCAGGAGGGGGCUUUGCGGGGACUUCUGGGGAAAGCAGCUCAUUUCGACAUGGAUUCUUCAACGAAACUGUCAACUCUGUGGAAAUGAUACUUGGAAACGGAGACACAAUUCGGGCAUCGCGCGAAGAACAUGAAGAUCUGUUUCAUGAGGCGAAGCAAUUUGUCAAGACAACGUACCACAGAGUUGGCAACGUGUCAGCCGCUAUCUCUACAACAAAGAAGUGUUGUGAGAAUGUGGACGUCGACUAUGUUCACGAAAUAUGGCCACUUUGGCUUUGUCCUCUGAAAGGCUGUCGAACACCUACUUUCCACCCUGUUACGAAAGGCUCUUCAGAUACUGGCACCGGGGAUAACAUGUCGCAGCCGAUGCUCAACAUUGGUGUUUGGGGUUGGGGGCCCUUAGACCCAGAGGAGUUCAAAACAAAAAACGAGGCUCUAGAGAAGAAGUUGAUGGAGUUGGGUGGUCGAAAAUGGCUCUACGCACAUACUUACUACACCGAAGAGCAAUUCCGGGAAUUAAACGAUCGCUGCUGGUACCAGGAGCUUAGAGAACGCUAUUUUGCCAACCGUCUACGACAAGGUGAAAAAGAGUGGCCUUGA